AUGUCAAGAGCAUUAUCGUCUACCAGAGUAUUGAUCGAUGAUCAAGUUACACCAGCUACAGUCAUAUUUUCCAUAGAAACAGGAAAAAUUCUACAUAUAGAAUACAAGGUUUUACCCCCAAAUGACGCUAUACUAAAGACGUAUGCCGUGUUGCCAAUCGAUUACCGUAACGUGUCGCCAGCAGUGAUUAUGCCGGGGUUAGUGGAUGCACACGUUCACUUGAACGAGCCGGGUCGUACGGAAUGGGAAGGUUUUGCCACUGGUACCAGAGCAGCCGCCUUUGGAGGAGUGACAACUGUUAUUGACAUGCCAUUGAAUGCAAUUCCUCCCACAACAACUGUUUACAAUUUCAAUUUGAAGAUAAACGCUGCAAGAGAGCAGUGCUGGGUUGAUGUUGGCUUUUGGGGCGGUUUGAUCCCUGACAAUUUACAAGACUUGGUGCCAUUGAUAAGAAUGGGUGUGAGAGGAUUCAAGGCGUUUAUGAUUGAAAGUGGUGUGGAUGAGUUUCCAGCAGUUACCCCACGCAUCAUUCACGAGGCAAUGAAGAUUGUAAAGGACGAAAAGACGUUGUUGAUGUUUCAUGCCGAGAUGCAACCACAGGAGCAUAGAGUCGAUUUCCAGAUCCUGGAUGAAGAGGAUCUGUCGAGAGACGAGGAUUUAACUGACUGGUCUGAUAACAACCCAGUAGCCACUGUGGAAGAUGAGUUAAUGAAUACAGACUUCGAUUUGGGAAUGUCUGCUUCAUUUAUUAAUAGGGCCCCACAACCAGUGGUCAAGCUUUUGCGUAAAGAUACAGGCUCCCAUAAAGGGGAACACGAAAAUUGUAAGUUGCCCCAUAACCAUGCAGGAUCAAUCGACGAGUCAGUCUUGUCAAACGACCAAGCAAAAAAGUUGGCCCAUACGCCAAUCUUGGCAGGUGCUGAACCAACACAUGGUAAAAAUGCAAUGAAGGUUAAGCAACAAAGCCAUUUAGAAGAAGAAGGGUUAUGGGCAGUCGAGGAUGACACCAAAGUCAGUUCGCCAUUUUUGUUGGCAAAGCAAAAGGAUUCGACUUUAUCCACUGUUGAUCCCACUGCUUAUGCCUCCUUUUUGGCCUCAAGACCAGACAAUUUCGAAACUACUGCCAUCGCCGAAAUCAUCAAUUGCUCAACCUUGAUGCCUACAGUUCCGUUGCACAUUGUGCAUUUGGCAACCCAUGAAGCAGUGCCUCUACUUAGAGCAGCAAAAGCCAAAGGCUUGCCAAUCACGGCAGAGACAUGUUUCCAUUAUUUGUCGUUAUGUGCGGAAAACAUUAGUAGUUGCUCGACUCAUUUCAAAUGCUGUCCUCCAAUCAGAACUGACGACAAUAGGAAAUUGUUGUGGAAAGCAUUGCGUAAUGACAUUAUUACCACCGUUGUCAGCGAUCAUUCGCCAUGUACGCCAGACUUGAAAGGCUUGGAAAAGGGUGAUUUCUUUGAAGCUUGGGGAGGUAUUUCCAGUGUUGGGUUUGGUUUGCCCAUUUUGUACACUGAAGGAUCAAAGUUGGAUCCACCAAUUUCGUUAGUUGAGAUUAACAAAUGGUGUUCAUUAAACACUGCCAAACAAGUUGGUUUGGAAGACAAGAAGGGAGCUUUGAAAGUGGGAUUCGAUGCUGAUUUUUGUAUUUUUGAUACCGAAGCAGUUGUCAAGGUUGAGAACAAAGAUGUCUAUUUUAAAAAUAAGUUGACUGCAUACGACGGUAUGGAAUUUCAAGGAAGAGUGUUGGAGACUUUAAUCAGGGGUAACUCGGUUUAUGCAUUCGGUAAGGGCCACUCAAGCGUGCCCAUGGGUCAAUUGAUUUUGGAGCAAAGAAGGUAA